AUGCCCAAGAGUGAGUCGAGGUCUCGCUCUAGAAGUAAGAGCGGAAGCCCUCGCCGAAAACACAAAAAAGAACGCAGCUACCGGCGACGAUCGCGAAGCGGCUCACCAAGCUCGUCUUCUUCCAAGAAAAGAAGCCGUGAUGGCUCUCCUCGUCGUCGCUCUCGAUCACCAAGAAGGAAGAGGCGAUAUUCAAGAAGCAGGAGUCGUUCUCCAAGCGUUGAUAGAUUUGGUAGAUCAAUAGUAAAGAGGAAAGCGGACGACUCUGAAUCCAAACGGAAAGAAGAAGAAGAAAGAUUACUCGAAAUGGAACGGCAAAGAAAAAUGUGAGACUAUAUCUGCUUCGUUUAAUUUCUCUUAGUGUUUUUUUCACAUUUCCCUUUUUCCUUCAAAGGGUUGCUGUAAAGAGUCUUUGUUAGAGUAGAUUCUUUUUGAACGCCGAAUGAAUCAAGUUUAAUCAUUGGGGUACGGUUCCUAGAAAACUGAGUGAAUCAAUUUCCAAUUCAAUGACCUCAAAUGAAGUUUCCAAGCCCCACUUACAGUCAAACCAGGUCAAGCGUACCCCCCAAGAAUACAUUAAUGAAUUUAUUAUUCAAAAGUUGAAUCCGUUGCUAGUUGUAGAUUUCAGAUUGAUCUCUUCAGUCUUGCAUGUGUAAUGAGCCGUGAAUUCACACGCGAGGCAUUUAUGAAAUUUCUACCAGCUCCAUUUUCCUGAAAUUGAUGUAAAUGUCUUCUAAGAAGAUUAAUCCAUUCAAAGAUUUCCAAACUGACCAGAUACAGAGAAGUUCUCGUAAAAUAUUCACUGCUCAUUACGCAUGCAGAAAUGCCGCUAUGAAUUUGACACCAGUUACGGGAACGACUAACGGAUUCAUUUUUCAAAUAAUCAAUUCAUUAAUAGAAUCUUGGGGGGUACGCUUGACUUGGUUUGACUGUAAAGCUUCAGAGUCAUUGGCCUUCCGCAAAAUACGCCUGUCGGUUUAUCUGGGGCCACGUUGCACGAUUGAAUUUUCUUGUCCUGUGGUCCCUAUUUAAAAAGGAAGUCCUUGUUAAAAGCCAAACAUUUAAACACAAAAGCGAAUUGAAAUCCACUGUGGAGCAUAACAACAGGGAAAUCUAUUUCGUUUGACCCAGUUUUCAGCAGAUUUUUAAAUUAUUUUUCAAGGCUAAAUAAUGUUGAAGCAGUGAUUUUUCCCAUCGAUCAAACCAAAACUGAUUUCCUAAAAAUGUAACCUCCAGAUUUUUCAGACCACCGUAUUAUUCAAACAUUUUUCCCAGGAGGUUUGAAAAUACCAGGAUUUCCCUGUAAAACCCAAAGAGAAGAACAACAGAAGUUUUAAGCCUGUAUACAACUGCCACCUUUGCAGCAAUAUGUGGUGGCAUUUGUGUAGAUGUCUCUGUUUAGUACAUGUGCUGGUGGGGGUGUAUAAUUUAAAUUUACCUUGCCAGUCCAACCUUGACCUUAAGACAGAAAUCUAUGGACAAGGUCAUGAGCCUUUCUGUGAAUAUUGUGAAAAUUGGUUUAGACUUGAUUCUCAAAAAUUUCACUACUGUUUUGGAAGUAAAGAACAAUGGGGGUUUUUAAUCUUGUGUACAGCACCUCUUCCAGGGCAACAUUGAUUUUUGUGGCCUUUUUCGGCAGGUCAUAUUUGUUCAGGUUGGGCUGUAUCAUACUUCCUAACAGAAGAGUGAACCAAUUUCAAUGUGCGAUAUAUGACAUAUGUAUUUGCUGGUCCAACUAUUUGUUCUAAAGAGAUAAAUCUGUGGAGAAGUUCAUCACUGUUUGCAACUCAAAUGUUGUAAAAAUUUGGCUUUAGAUUUGGUUUGCAAAAUUUAAAGAAAAUUGUCUGGAAGUAGGGACUGACAACUUACACUAAACAAUAUCAUUUUUUUAUUUAUCUUCUUUAUGGCUAUCUCUGAUUUACUGCAGGAUUAAAUCUGCUUUUAUUUGCCAUCAUGUUUUCAUUCUAGUCGUGCAACAGAAAAAGAAAAGAUGAUGAUAGAAGAAGAAACACAGAAACGAGUGGAGGAACUUGUAGCUAAAAGAGUUGAAGAACAGCUUGCAAAAAGGAAAGAUGAGAUUGAUGCUGAAGUUAUGAAACGAGUUGAAGAAGCUAAGACAGUAAUGGAAAAACAAAUGGUUGAAGAAUUUGAAAAGCGGCAACAGGAGCAGCUCGAAGAACAACAAAUGAAAGAGGUUAAUGAUAUUCAUUAGAUAGUAAUGUAUCAGUUUGUGGUCAAAAUUUGGGGAGAAGAAAAUUAUCAAGAGUGAAUUGUAUCUCCACUUCCCUUGUACACUAACCAAAAUUGCCAUCAUUUUCUCAUUCAUAGGAACUACACAUACUUGUACACUCGUGAAUUCCUCUUUCUAGCCCCUUUCCCUCCCUUCUUUACUUUAAAGUUGUGUCAUUUUUCUGCAAACACUCAGAUUAUUUCCACAGAUGCGAGCAACCAGUCACUUGAGAAGGGAAACGUUGCCAAGUACAGUCUGUCUUUUCAAGCAUUUGGAUUUAAGCCUUACUAUUUUUUGUGCCAUUAUAGCCUUGAAGUUGACAUUUGUGUCAGACAUUUGCAAAAGACUUCAGUUUUGCAAGAACUGUACAUUUUUUGAACUUGCUGAAAGCUUAAGGAACUUUCAUCUAAUGGAAAAAUUAUUUAGCGCGCUUCUCAUAGGAACAUUGCAUUAGUGGGAGAGAGUUCAAGUCUUCACAAACUCUAAAGAACACUGCAAGGAGCUGUUACCGGGAAGAUUUCAUAGGAAAUGUUAGGCAGCCAUGUGUAUGUAUGACUGGUAAAAAAAGCUGCUCCUUUACAGGUGCUUUUUGUGGGCUAAACCAGCUCGUAAGCUUUUAUUUCAAGUGAAAUGUAAACGUUUGUUUUUGGUGUUUAUUGAGGUGGUUUCACUUUGCUUUAACUGGAAACUGAAUUUGAUAUUUUAUGUUGUCUUUGAUUCUGCUUUAGUGGCAGUCUCUUAAUGGGUAAAUUGUACAUGGGAAAAAGGCUUAGAAGUACAUUUGUGCAAACAACUGGCACAAGUGGAAAUUGUGCUUGGAAUUUCACUUGUUUUCCAUGCAAGGUUUGGAUCCUUGUGUGAAAAUAAAUUUGUUAUGGUAGUUUGUAUGGUCAGAGCACAUUCAUAAUAAUUACCUGGAAAAUAUACAUGUUGUAUUGAGAUAUUUAUGUGUUUGUUUUAGGAAGAAGAACGUCGUAAGAUUAGUCAUCUUGAAAACAAAGUUCAGGAACUCCAAAGACUACUUGAUGAUGCCAAUCAAAAACUGGUAUGUUUUCUACCAAAUGUCUUUGAUUUGAACCAUGUUUGGGUGGGCAUAUUUUGGGGGCACGGGAUGCAAAGGUCGGUUGCCUCAAGUGGGGUAGAGUUAAGUCUACAGAGUAUAUCAUGUACAUGUGGCUUCCAUUUUCUUCAUUUGAAUAAAUUUAAACCUGAUUCGCUUGUAUUUGCCUUGGUUUUAAAUUCACCAAAGUGAUAAAGGAAUAUAAAAAUCUUACUGGUUUAAAUGUUUUCAAACCAAAGAGAACUUGUACAUCAACAUACUCUGUGUAGUCAAUCUCAGGGAGAGAAGAAGGGAAAAUGUGUUACUUUUUUAUGUGCAUAUCAUAGCAGUAAUCAUCAGUAAUGCCUUUGUUUACUUGAGCUGUAUUUUGUCUUAAAACUAAAACAAAUUGUACUUCUAUUUCAUCACACUGCAGGAAGAAAUAAUCUUGCAACGGUGGUCAAGUUUGGUUUGUUUUAUUGAUCUACAGUUAUUUAGUAAAAGUAACCGUGCAUCCAAAUAGCUGAAUUGUUUUAGAGGACUUACUCAUGGAUUCAUAUUCAUUCUGAAAAUUCCGAGAGUAGACAUACCGUGUAUCAUUUGGAGAUAAGUAUUCUUUUACUUUUCCGGCUACACUUGAUCCAUUUAUUCACCAAAAAGCACAUCCCAGACUUCAGGGUUUUUUCUUUUAAGACGACACCUCAGUAACAAUGUACUCCAAUCUAUAGUUCUUGAAUGAAAAAUUUUCCAAAAAUGGGAUGUGCAUCAAAGCAUGUAGAAGCACAUGAUCUUGCAGAGUUCACGAAGGUGUGCCAUGAUUCAAGUGAAAACCCAUGUAUAAGAACCUUAUUAUUAAAAACUUGCUAUGCUAAAAGUCAGUAAAAACCAGUUGGAAGUAAAACUCUAGAGGAUCUUUAUAUUGUGUGUUUUUGCUCAGUGUGAUUACUUCAUACAUAAGUACUUUUUUUAACACUAAAGAAAGUUACAGCCAAAUUUAUGAGAGGCCACAAGAUUGAUAUAAGAGCCUAUGUAAAGACCCAGUUUAUUUACAUGUAUAUCCUGCAUUCUUAGUAGAUGCCUAAUAUGCAGGGUUCUCCCACAAAUUGGGUUCUUAUAUGUGGGUUUUUUAUCAUAUUAUUAGCCACUGUUGGCUCUAUUGUGUCAAGUUUAUUAACAGGCUCAGGUAAGGGGAUAUGCUUGGUUACUGUACAGUUAAAGGUAUCUGAUUGCAUGCACUUCUUUUUUUUCACUGGAUAUACAGGCAGAAGAGCGCUUGGCUAUGGUGGAAGAAAGAAGGACAUUGACCGAGCAGAAAAUGGGUUUAGAGCGUGAAAUUAAAAAGCAGGAGAAAGCUGCACAAGACAUGAUUCUCAACAAGAACAGGAAUAACAGAGAAAAGCUUGUAUUUGGAUUUAAGAGCAAGGGAGCCCUGUAA